AUGCCUCCUCAUCUCUCUUCGUUCGCGGCAGGACAGCGGCGCUUGUCGCACUCGCUGCCUCGGGUGACCGGUCUCAAGUCUGAACGCGGCACGCGGAGAGGUGGACCCAAAACUCCCGCGCGCGCUUCUCUCUGGGCUCCAUCUCCUCCUUUCGCGUCUUCUCUCUGCCUCCAGCCUCUCCUCGCCUCUUCGUGUGCAGCUUGCCGUCGGCUCCCCCCUCGUUCUUCAGACUCGUUGUAUUCGCGUUUCUCUGCAUGCGGUUCCUCCGCGCAGGGGGCACCGAGCGGACUUGUGGCGGCUCCGUCUGUGAAAAGCUCGGCACCAGUUCGGAGUCUUGCCUCCUCUUCCUUCGUUUCUGCUGUGUCCCCUGUUUCGUCGUCCCGGUCGUUGCCGCGCCGGGCUUCUUCGCCUCGUGUGGCGUCCCUGAGUUCGUCUCUUGCCUCCGCAGCCCUCCGCUGCACUCUCGGCGCUUCCUCCACUUCCGCGUACCUCUCCCCUCGUUUCUUCUCCUCGGCUGCGGGCGCCUCGCGGAGACUCUCGCUCUUCUUCUCAGACCCGCCGCCGUCGUAUCCGAUAUCGCUGCAUGGGGGUUUCAAAGUUCAGGCGGCGCUGUGCAUCGACAGACUGCCGCUGCUGUAUCAAGAGCCUGUCUACGAGAAGCGUUGGAGGGAGUUCAGGGACGCGUGGGAGGCGAAGACGAACAACGGGCUGCAGCUCGCUGACGACAUCACGUUCAUGAAGUUCCCCUUCCACUUCUUCGAGACUGAGGAGGCGCAGAAACAACGCGAGGAACUCAUUUCCAAGACCGGAGACGCAGAAGUCUCCGAACUCGAGCUUCUCCUCAGCGAAGAGGGCUUCUCCGGAACGCGGAAGAGGCAGAAAGACAAGGACCAGAAAAAAAAACAAGCCUCAGAGGUCGCCGACGCGGUCAAGAGCGCGGGACGGGGCGGCGACGACCGCGGCGUCCGCUCGCUGGAGCGCGAGCCGACAAAGACGCUCUACUUGAUCGUUCGCUACGGAGACAGCUGGGGCUUCCCCCUCGAGGACCGCAUCCACGGCCAGUCCAUGCGAAGGACCCUCAAGCGCCUGUGUGAAGAGCAGCUCGGCGGCACGUAUGCGCCAUAUCUCCUUGGCUACUCGCCGUUCGCGUAUGACAAGCGCGCCUUCAGCCAGCUGGCGUCCUCUCCUAUUUUGGGUCGCAAGGUUUUCUACUACCGUGCACACCACGUCCCGGGCAGCGCGAACGUCAGCUUGCCGCAUGAGGGCCCUAUUUCUGAUUUCGCCUGGGUCACGCGCAGAGAGCUCGCCGACUACAUCUCCCCCCGAAAGCUGGCCGCUGUCUCUCCCGGCCUUCUGCUGGAAGACUAA